CUUCUUGACCCAUUGCAACACAAAGCGUAGCUCGUUAUUAGAAAGCUCUUGGGCAGCUCCCAGCUACCAAUGGAGCCCUUAUUGUUCUGGACUGCGUAUUCGAUAUUCACUUGGAGUUUUAAUCGGUGGAGUCUACAAGCCGACGAUAAUAAUGAUACACCUCUCCAUUAUUGAAGAAUCAAAAGAUCCAAGAGUUGUGAAGUUCCUUGGCCACAAAAAG